UCUUUAAAAUUGCAACACCGUUUUCUUUGUAGUUUGAAGUUGUUUUACAUAUUAACAGACAACGUAGAUAACCAGCUUAUCAAAUGUGACAAAACUGUUUAGAAUUUAAAAAAAUAAAUAACGAUACCUUAUGCCUUUUCUGCUACAAGGCAACAUUAACAAUAAAUGCGUUUAUUUAUUUCCUGAAGCCGGAAAGCAUUGAUGUAACACGAUAUGCUAUAGUGCUAUACAUGUGUGUUGUAUAAUACAUCUAUUAUGAAACGGAAUUUUGUGAUGUUGCAUUAAUUAAUAAGUAUAGGAUAUUCGGAAGUACAUUAAACAUGUUUUGUAAAUGUUUUUCCAAGAAAUCUGUCAUUGCAGUUGUUACUACUGUUCUAGUCUUUUGUGGGGUGCUACAGUUUCAGGUUCUAUCAGUAAGGCUUACCCGGCAUCGCUUUUCUUCAAAAGUGGUCAACUGGAUGCUGUAUGAUUCGACGAUCAGGGAUUUGAUUGGACGGCUUCAUCACAUGAUCAUACGGGAUACCGACGCGCCUCUACGUUUGUUUUCAGCGGUCUGCAGCAACGAAACAGAAAAUGCUUGUAUAUCUAACUGUACACGACCUUUGGACCCUGACCCCGAGGCCCGUUUGCUGGACAUUCUGACGUCACCAAACCUGACGCUGUCCGAACACCAGCGUCGUCUGAUCCUCUCCAUGGGCCAGGCCAUCCCUGAAAGUGACGUCAUCUUCGUGUCCGCCAGCUCCUCCAAUCACUACGACGAGAUGCAGGACAUGUUCUAUAGCCUGCACAAGACGGUGUAUCCUCGUGUCAACAAUUUCACCGUUGUUCUCUUCGACAUUGGUUUAACAGAGGAGCAGAGAAUCAUGACAGAAAAACACUGCCGGUGUCAAGUUGUGACUUUUCCCUUUGAACAUUUUCCAGCGCACGUCAAGGAAAAUUUUUGUUACGCUUGGAAACCUCUGCUGAUACGGGCUGCUAUAGAAAAGGCAAGAAAACUUCUUGUUUACCAAGACACUUCCGUCAGAUGGUCUGACCGCAUCCAACAGGUUCUGGACAGGGCGUGGGACAUUGGCAUCCAAUACUUCCGGUCAGAUGGCAUGGCUAGGAUACCCCUGCAUACCCUGAUACAGACCUUCGACUACUUUGGUGAGGAGCCUUGUGCCUUCAACAUAUUCCCAGAGUUACCCGGAGGCCUCUCCAUGUACAGGAAGGACGUCUUUAACAUCCGGGCUAUUCUGGAACCGUGGGCCAGGUGUGCCAUCGAGCCGGAGUGCGUGUGUCCGGUCAACCCCUUCAAGGUCAUCUGGUGUCACGGUGAGCACAAGGACCACAGAUGUCAUAGAUUUGAUCAGUCAGCAAUAGGAAUGAUAACUGCGAAAAUAUUUGGUCGUGAUUUAUACCGAGUGCUUGCCCCUGAGCGUCAUCAAUUUGUCGGUGUUUACCGUGGGUCGAAGAGGCCAAACUAUUUUAACUCAACACAAAGUUAAACACCUUUUAUUUUAUACCUAUUAGUGUUUUUAUAUUAUGUAUGGUGAAGAACUUAAAAACCAGAAACCACUUUUGUAAUUAAAAAGAAAUUAUUCGACUGUUUGUUUAAUGCAUCUGUAUUUAUAAAUAGUUUUUCUUUAGAACUAAAAUUGUGUUAAUCUUGGUGUAAGCAUAAAAAACCUUUUUAACUUAAAAGAAUAGUUAGCGUUAUAACUCAUACGUAUGGAUAGUUUCAGUCUUGUUCCAGAGCCUAGUGAUUUUAAUUUCGAAGUUUUCGUAAAAAUAAAAAAAAAGUGAAAACGUGAAAUAAAGUCUAAAAGAACAUUGUAAGUUACCUGUAAUAGAUAAUAAUAAAUUAUUUUACAUAGAAGAGCCUUUUUUUAAUAAAUGUCACGUUAAAAGCUAUAAAAUUUAUAUUUUAGAAAUAAUGUAUACGACAGGUAACGAAUUAAAAUAAAUAAAUAAAUCCCUAAAAACUACCCUUCUACUUAUUUCAAUAUAUCAAACGUGGCGUAAGUUUUAAGUUAUAAAUUUAUGUAGUAUGUCUACAGCUCAUUGCCUAGAAUCCCCCCUCCCCACAUGUUGAUGAGUUAGGAUCCAAUGAACAAUUAUAUUUAAGUAUCAAGUGGUAGCAGCACUGUUUCUUGAGUUCAUUUUUAGCGCAUGCUUUUUCAAAAAAACACAAAAUUUGUUUUUUUAAUACAGGUCAAAUUUUAAAAGUGUAAUAAUUUUCUAAAAUAAUUUUUUUUAUAAUUGCAAGCUUUUAUAGAAUAUUUGAUAUAGAAUCCCCCCAACCAAUAAUUUAUUUUAAUGUAUAGCAAUGAAUCACUUCUUAUAUGACAUUGCAGAUUAUCGUAAGCCACUAUUUGUGUUUAAAUUAUAUAUUUACAAGGUAGAGGGGGGAUUUUCUUUUCUAGCGAACAACGCUUUUUACUAUGGAAAACUUUUUUUGAACAGUGAAUACAGCUUGGAAUAUUCAUUUUUUUUGUUAGACUUUUUUAUUGCAGCAACUGUUAAAUCUGUGAAGUGACAAGAUUUGUAACAAAUGGAUGUUAAAUAAAGCACAUG